ACCAACACCAUCGUCUCAUCUCCUUGCUCCUCCAAAGGCAAAAUUUCAAUGGCUAACUGUCUGCGGAUGCCCAUGGCUUCGUCUCUCUGCUGCUCUUCAUCAGCUUCCGCCCUGCACUUCUCCAAACGGCCUACUUGCAGUGCAACCAACAGCUCCAAAAUUCCCAUGCCUCCAAUUAACCCUAAAGACCCCUUCCUAUCCAGGCUCGCCUCUCUUGCUGCCACCUCUCCCGAUACGCUGCUCAAUAGACCCAAAAAUUCCGAUACGCCGCCAUUUUUGGAUGUUUUCGACUCCCCCACACUCAUGGCCACUCCUGCCCAGGUGGAGAGAUCUGUUUCAUACAAUGAGCACAGACCAAGAAGACCACCACCAGACUUACCUUCACUAUUGCUGCAUGGAAGAAUAGUGUACAUUGGCAUGCCGUUGGUUCCAGCUGUUACUGAGCUUAUUGUAGCUGAGUUGAUGUAUCUUCAGUGGAUGGAUCCCAAAGAGCCAAUUUAUCUCUACAUAAAUUCCACUGGGACAACUCGUGAUGAUGGUGAAACGGUUGGAAUGGAGACUGAAGGUUUUGCAAUUUAUGAUGCUAUGAUGCAAUUGAAGAAUGAGAUACAUACCGUAGCUGUUGGAGCUGCUAUAGGCCAUGCAUGCCUCUUACUCUCUGCUGGAAGCAAAGGCAAAAGGUUCAUGAUGCCACAUGCCAAAGCUAUGAUUCAACAACCCCGUGUUCCAUCCUCUGGUUUAAUGCCAGCCAGUGAUGUUCUGAUUCGUGCAAAAGAGGUUAUAGUAAACAGGGAUGUCCUUGUUAAACUUCUGGCUAAGCACACUGGAAACUCAGAAGAGGCUGUGGCCAAUGUGAUGAAAAGGCCAUUUUAUAUGGACUCUACUAGAGCUAAAGAAUUUGGUGUCAUUGAUAAGAUACUUUGGCGUGGACAGGAAAAGAUUAUGGCAGAUGCUGCCCCUCCAGAAGAAUGGGAUAAGAAUGCUGGGAUCAAAGUCCUUGAUUCAAUGUAGUUACUUCCAAAUACUUAGUGGGAUUUUCAGUCUACAGCAAAACCACAUCCGAUACCCUAUUACUUAUCCAAACUCUGAUUUCAAGCAUAUACAGCUGGUUUCGAAGAUUAAGCCAUUACGGAUAACCAUAUGAUUGUUAUCAGUUACAGUGAGCUCGUAAAGGUGGAGCAUAAAUUGGGGGAUGCAGCUUAAAUUCUUAGUAAGAAAGCCUUGAAGAACAGCUCUGGAUUGUUUUGCAUAUAAAUGAACGUCUUGUUGAACGCUUGUUAUACUUGAGCUAGCCACUUACUAUUCAAUAACACCACAGCUGAACGCUUGUUGACAUUGUA